AUGGCCAGCGAGACACGUCUGAAUCAAAUUGUUAAGGACGUUCCAACAGUUGACCUCACUCCUCCAACAGUAUCCCCUCUACAGUCCCUCGGCAAAGCCUCACAAUCCGAAAAAUACUCUCCUGACCCCCACCUUGCCAUUCUCCCUUCCUCGCCGCCCCAGAUCUAUCUGAAUCUGCUCAUUCUCGAAUCCUCUCUCCGAGCACAAUAUCUCCACCUUGUCUCCCGUCGCCGUCUCAACUCAUUCUUCCUCCUCGUUCUCGCCCUCUGGAACGUCGGCUUCUUCUAUGCCCUCUUCAUCAAGGAAAGAGAAGAUGGUACGGGUCGAGGUGGUUCGGUCUACUGGGUCAUUGAGACUUCCGAGAAGCUGGCCUUGAUGGGGGGUGCCGUCACCGUCCUUCUGGUUUGGGGCACCGGUCAGUGGGAGCGAGCUAUCCGCUGGCCCCGGAAAUGGUUGGGAACCACCAACCGUGGCCUACGCCCUUUCAACCUUCGUGUCGUCGUCACGCGCGGCAAGCUCUGGCGCGAAACAAUCGGCCAUCUGUCUUUCCUGCUUCCCCUGGGAAUGUGGCGUGAGGCCGGCGGUUCGGACUGGCAUCUCGUCGAGCAUGAGAACGGAUUGGUAGUCGAAGAAGAUUUGGCCAGAGGCGGAGAUCAUAUCAUGCUGCUUCUCCUCCCCAAAUCAUUCAGCCCCGAAUUUCGAGAAAACUGGGAAGGUUACAGGACCGAGUACUGGGACAAGGAAAACGAACGACGGAGGGGAUUGCACCGCAAGAUGGAGAUCCAGCGUCGGAUCAAGGCUAAGGAGACCGGCGGAUGGAAAUGGUGGACAGGCAUGUGGCGUCUAGCGGCCCGGAGCCACCAUCGAAGACACCAAGAUCUAGAAAAGCACCCUCACGGCCAUCAUCACCACCAGUCAUCGUCCCGCCACGUCUCCAUCUCAGAGCAUUCUCGCCCAUCGUCCGUCAUCCUCAAGGGCCGCCGCAACGGCAUGCGCUCCGACUCCAACCACAGUAGACAAUCCUCACGCUCAUCCACGCCUCACUUGGAGAUCGGAGGUCUGGACAAACCCAUCUCCGAACGCGUCAGACGUGGUAGCAGCGUCAGCAGCACCGCCAGCGCGAGGCGCAAGACCCGAGAGCACGACGGCAAGAGAGACUCCCUGAUUGGGGCGUCCGGCCUAAGUCCUCUGACCAGCGCAUCGAGCGUUCUCAGCGCCGAAGACGAGCGGCUAGAGCGGAGACGGAGAAGGAAAGAACGCGAGGCCGCCAAAGAGGCAAAGGAUCGAGAAAAGGAGAAAGACAGAGAUCGCAGCGACGACGGCGAUGGGGACAGCAGGCCUACUACACCGAAGACCGAGAGUGUGGUUAUCAAGAGCGAGCCUGCUUGA